AGAGAGGAGGAGAGGAGAGGAGGGAGAGAGGAGAGGAGGAGAGGGAGAGAGAGGAGAGAAGAGGAGAGGAGGAGGAGAGGAGAGGAGAGAGAGGAAAGAGGGAGGAGGAAGAGAAGGAGAGAGAGAAGAGAGGAGAGGAGAAGAGGAGAGAGGAGAGGAAGGAGAGAGAGAGGAGAGGAGGGGGAGGAGAGGAGAGAGGAGGAGGAGGAGAGGAGAGGAGGAGAGAGGAGGGAGGAGGAGAGAGGAGGGGGGAGGGGGGAGGGGGGAGGAGGAGAGAGGAGGAGAGAGGGAGAGGAGGGGAGAGGAGAGGAGAGAGAGAGGGAGAGAGGGGAGAGGAGAGAGGGGAAGAGAGAGGAGAGGAGGGAGAGGGAGAGAGAGGAGAGGAGAAAGAGGAGAGGAGAGGAAGAGGAGAGAGGGAGAGGGGAAGAGGGAGGAGAGGAGAGGAGGAAGAGGAAGAGGAGAAAGAGGAGGAGAGGAGAGGAGGAAGAGAGGGAGAGGAGA